AUGACUCUCGUACGCUCUCUGGGUCUCCUGUGCAUCUUGCUGCUGGGAUUCCAGUCCCUGACCAAUGCAGCAGUAUUUGAUUGUUGCUAUACAUAUACCAGAAAGGCAUUACCAAAGCGGGCCGUCAAGGGAUACAUAAUGCAGAACUCCGCAGAGGUGUGCGACAUUGACGCUGUCAUAUUGAUCACAAAGAAGUUUAGAGUUUGUGCAAAUCCUAAAGACAAAUGGGUCACUGGUAUUGUCACAAAUCUGAAGAAAAAGGAGACAAACAGUAAAAAAUCAAUAACGAAAAUACCACAAGCACUUGGGAUAUUCGACUGCUGCACAAAGCAUACAAAGCAAGAGUUUAAGGUUACCAAAGUGGGAAUGUUUGAAGGUUACGAUCGCCAGGAUUCUUCGGGGGUCUGUGACAUUGAUGCUAUUGUGUUCACAGUAAAUACCAGACCAUGCGGUGAGCCGAAAAGAAUCCCCUUGUGUGCCGACCCGAAGAAGGACUGGGUUGGGAAGAUGAUAAUCGCUAUGAAAAAUCAUGCAAAAAAGAGUAAAAAAAAACAACAAAAAAAACGUGAGAAGUUAUGCAAGCGUAUGAAGAAAAACUACGUGUAACACUGCGGGUGGAAGAGAAAUGGCUCUACCGGCGAAUCUCCUUAUAGGAGAGAAAGCUAUAUUAUAUGCAAUACAGAGACUAUUUGAUCUAAAUAGAUGUCAUAUUAUUAUACAAAGUAUAUAUAGGUUAGUUUGCUAAGUAGGAAAAAGUUUUUUUUAAGAACACUACUUAUGGCUACACCAGUG